AUUCUCCUUAGUAUGAUGACUGACGAACGGAUAGAAGUCAGAAAGUUGGCCCUUGACCGUCUUCUGGCAGCCAGAGAAGCAGAGUCUGAUACUGCCCAUCCUGAUACCAAAAUUUACAACUUUGAUAAAUAUGAUGGAUGGUCUAGUUUGGAAAAUACUUGGAGGCAAGUUCUAGAGUUUCGUAGUUUUUUGGAGGUAAUUGGAAGGAAAUAUCCCGAUGGUAUCAACGUAGUAGGGUACUCUCAAGGGGGACUUAUAGCUCGGGCUGCUAUUCAAACUCUUCCUUUUCAUAAAAUUAAUAAUUUCAUUUCACUUUCAUCACCACAAGCUGGUCAAUUUGGAGCGAAUUUUUUGCAUCUUGUAUUUCCGGAUUUGGCAGCAAAUACUGCGUAUGAGCUUUUUUAUUCAAAAAUUGGGCAGCACAUAUCGAUAGCGAAUUAUUGGAAUGAUCCUUUAGAGCAAGAUUUAUACUAUAAAUUUAGCAAAUUUUUGCCAAUAAUAAAUAAUGAAAUACGAACAUAUAAUUCUAGCCAGUACAAAAACACUUUACUUCGUUUGAAUAAAAUGAUUUUAAUAGGAGGUCCAAAUGAUGGCGUAAUUUCCCCUUGGGAAUCUAGUCACUUUGGAUAUUUUAACACAACAUUGAAUGUAAUACCUCUACACAAGCGACCAAUAUACAUUGAAGAUGCAAUUGGUUUGAAAUAUCUCGAAAAUAAUGGCAAAUUAGUAAUAAUCAUCAAGCCAUUUGUCCAUCAUCUUACAUGGCAUACAAAUCGACACGUCAUACAAGAAGUAAUUAUUCCAUACUUGGAUUAAAUAUUUUAUUUGGUCUUGUGCAAUUCAAUAAAAAACCUAAUUUUGUACAUAAAAUCUAUUUACGAAAUGCAUGAAUAUUUAUUAGUUAA